UUUUGUUUCUCCCAUUAAACACAAAGCCAGUCUCACAAUCAGCACCAGCCACAGGGAAGAGGAGACUGAGACGACAGCGACUGCAACAACGUCGGACUCACCUACAGGGGAACCACCAGUUGGGACCCUUUAAGCACCACCUCAGCUUGCAAACUGUGCUUCAGUGUGCAUAUACUGUACACACAUCUCUGCAGGUGCUCGCGGCUCACACUAUAUGUGUAUGUGAGAUGACGAGAAGCUAAGUGACUACCACAACUGCCUAGAUCAGACGGCCUUCUGUGCUGCAAGAUGGAUUAAAGCCCUGCACCUCAGGAGAUCAAAGGUGGCUGUGACAGGGGCACACCCGGGGCAGGACCCAUGAGGAGUCAUAGAAGAUGCUCACAGCCUGGGCGCUUCUGCUCUUCUUAGCCAUGUGGGUUAAAAGCACCUGUGGUGGCCCACUAUCCUUCAGAAUAGCUGCCAUCCUUGAUGAUCCUAUGGAGUGCAGCAGAGGAGAGCGUUUAGCCAUUACGCUGGCCAAAAAUAACAUCAACAGGAGCAGCAACCGCUCCACCACGAGCAAGCUGGAGGUGGACAUCUUCGAAUUGCUGAGAGACAGUGAAUAUGAGAUGGGAGAGACAAUGUGUCAGAUCAUGUCUAAAGGGGUUGUGGCAGUCCUUGGUCCAUCUGCCAGUCCAGCAUCCAACUCCAUAAUCAGCAAUAUUUGUGGAGAGAAAGAGGUACCGUAUGUCAAAGUGGCCCCAGAAGACAUUCUGAAGGUGCAGUUCCCUCGCUUCACCACCCUGGACCUAAGACCAACCAAUACAGACAUCAGCUUAGCUGUUGCUGGCCUUCUUACCUUCUUUAACAGCACCGCCUCCUGCCUCAUCUGCGCCCAUGCUGACUGCUUGUUGAACUUGGAGCAGCUCCUCAGACAGUUCCUCAUAUCCAAGGAUACCCUAUCAGUGCGAAUGCUGGAUGACAGCCAGGACCCGACCCCUGUCUUAAAAGAGAUCCGAGAUGACAAGACGGCCACCAUCAUCGUGGAUGCUAAUGCCACAAUGUCACAUAUCAUUUUAGAACGGGCAUCAGAGUUGGGAAUGCUGUCUGUCUACUACACUUACAUCUUCACCUCCUUGGAAUUUACUCUACUUCAGCUAGAUGAUGUGGCCGAUCAGCGGGUCAACAUUGUUGGUUUUUCGGUCUUCAACAAAACGCAUCCCUUCUUCCAGGAAUUUGUGCUAAGCCUCAACCGCUCCUGGCAGGAGAACUGUGACCAUGCACCCUUUGCUGGGACGCCGCUGUCAUCAGCCCUGCUAUUUGAUGCAGUAUAUGCAGUGGUUGCAGCGGUCCAGGAGUUGAACCGUAGCCAGAAUGUUGGUGCAACUCAGCUCUCCUGCAAGUCGUCUAAGAUCUGGGAGCAUGGCACUAGCCUCAUGAAUUACCUGAGGAUGGUAGAGUUGGAGGGCUUAACGGGACACAUUGAAUUCAACAGCAAAGGUCAAAGGUCGAACUACGCCCUGAGAAUCAUGCAGAACAGCAAGGAGGGCCUAAGGCAGAUCGGCAUUUGGCAUUCCGAAGAUGGACUGUCCAUGGAGAGAACUCUUCCAUCAAUCAAUGUGACAGACACCCUCUUCAACACAACUCUUACAAUCACAACAAUCCUGGAGAAUCCAUACGUAAUGCUGCGGCCAAACCACCAAGAACUGGAAGGAAAUGACCAAUAUGAAGGCUUCUGUGUGGACAUGCUGAAGGAGCUGGCAGACAUCCUCAAGUUUAAGUAUCGUAUCCGGCUGGUUGGGGACGGCGUUUACGGUGUUCCUGGAGCUAAUGGAACAUGGACUGGAAUGGUUGGAGAACUCAUCUCAAGGAAAGCUGACCUGGCAGUGGCAGGCCUCACCAUCACAGCGGAACGCGAGAAGGUGAUCGACUUCUCCAAGCCUUUCAUGACCCUGGGAAUCAGCAUCAUGUACCGUGUCCACCUGGGACGUCGGCCGGGCUACUUCUCCUUCCUGGACCCCUUCUCCCCUGGCGUCUGGCUCUUCAUGCUUCUGGCCUACUUGGCCGUCAGCUGCGUCCUCUUUCUAGUGGCCAGACUGACGCCUUACGAGUGGUACAACCCCCACCCCUGUCUGAAGGGACGCUGCAGCUUAUUGAUCAACCAGUACUCGCUAGGCAACAGUUUCUGGUUUCCUGUUGGGGGAUUCAUGCAGCAGGGAUCCACCAUUGCUCCCAGAGCACUGUCGACACGUUGCGUCAGCGGUGUGUGGUGGGCCUUUACAUUAAUCAUCAUAUCCUCGUACACUGCCAACUUGGCCGCCUUCCUGACUGUGCAAAGGAUGGAGGUGCCAAUAGAGUCAGUAGACGACCUGGCAGAUCAGACAGCGAUAGAGUACGGCACCAUGCAUGGAGGAUCCACCAUGACCUUCUUUAUGAACUCUCGCUACCAGACCUACCAGCGCAUGUGGAACUUCAUGUACUCAAAGCAGCCUAGCGUGUUUGUAAAAAGCACAGAGGAGGGCAUCGCUCGGGUCCUGAACUCCAACUACGCCUAUUUGCUGGAGAGCACCAUGAACGAGUACUACCGCCAGAGGAACUGCAACCUGACUCAAAUUGGAGGGCUGCUUGACACCAAGGGCUACGGCAUCGGCAUGCCAGUGGGGUCAGUGUACCGUGAUGAGUUUGACCUCGCCAUCCUUAAACUUCAAGAGGACAAUCGUUUGGAGAUCCUCAAGAGGAAAUGGUGGGAUGGGGGCAGGUGUCCGAAGGAGGAGGAUCACAGAGCCAAAGGUCUUGGUAUGGAGAACAUUGGUGGGAUAUUCGUCGUGUUAGUCUGUGGCCUGCUGGUGGCUAUUUUCAUGGCUGUGCUGGAGUUUGUCUGGAUGUUAAAACAGGCUCCAGGAAAUGAGCAGUCAGUAUGUGAGGAGAUGCUGCGGGAGCUUCAUGGGAUCGUGCUGUGUCAGGACAGCCUGCAGGUGAGGCGUCGGCGAGCAGCUUCCAUGCUGCGGCCGCGACCUUUACCACUAGAGGAACGUCGAGCACGAGCAGCCGCCGUCAGCCUUAGCAACGGCAAACUGUGUGCUGGCACUGGCCUGCCAGAGCCGCUCUCCCACAGACUGGCACAGGAAGCCACCCUGGUCGCCAGGGGCUGCAGCCACAUCCGGAUUUGCCCUGAGUGCAGACGUUUCCAGGGACUUAGGAUGCAUCCCGCAGGGGCCAGUGCUGCUAUUCCAUCUCCCACACACAGCGAGGAGAGCAUAGAGUGGGACAAGACAACAAAUAGCAGUGAACCUGAAUAACACUUUGGAAAUCCAACAUAAAUUACUUUUCCAGUAGACACCGCUCUUUUUCCAGGGAUCAAAGACCAUGUGGUAUUUUUAUUCAGCCGUUCUGAACUUGUUCUUAAAAAAGCAGGACAAUACUGAUGACAUGUUUUGCCCAAGAAGCAAAGCCCAAAGUCAAAUUUUGAACUUUUUUUGGCUUAUUUUUUCCCCUUGGUCAGAGGAAAAAGAAUUGAUGAGCCUGUCACAUUGUGGUCUGUCCCUGUUGGCCCUUUGUACCUUAUGGAGCAGGACAGACAUAAACAGCUAUUGGGCAUUUGUACUAUGCAGUAUUUUCAGUCGUUUAUCUUUGUGCUGUUCAUUUUUUUUUUUUUUUUUACAUUUUAUUUGAUGAUAUUGUUAUUCCAUUCUUAAAGAAAUUAAAACAAUUCUUUUAUUUCUAUUUUGAGAAUAUCUGUAUGGAAAUGUAUCGCAUCUAAGGCGCUGCGAAGGAGAGGAUAUUAAAGCAAAGUCGUCCUUUAAACCUUUUUUUUGUUUUAAAAGUGCCAAAAACCAAGAGUGUCACACUUUGGCUGAAGAAAGCACCACAGCCUUCACAACACAAACCAAUUAAACCAAUAAAAUAAACAUAUAGACAGACAGAGACUUGUAGUAACAUUAUUCAUUUAAAGAAGCAUUUUAACCAUUGUUAUCUCUGAAAGACAGCUCUGCAUGGUGGUGGGGGGUCAGAUCAAUCCAAUCAGAUUCAAAUGUAAUUGACAAAGUUGCAACAUUUAUUUAGAAGAGUUUUACUGAAAGAUGUACAUUUAUUUCCACCUUAAGCUGCUUUUACCACAUAUGAUAAGUGCUUUUUUUCCAGGGGUACAGAGAAAAGUAUUACUUUUAGAUUGAGUUGAAAGGUUUCUUUUUGUUUCUAUACAGUGCAUUAAAAACUAUAUAAACUUUAAGACACUCUGAAAUGUUUGAGCUUAACAAAUAGAGUGCUUUAUCAGACAAAGAUAACCUGAGGUGAUACAACCUGAAAUUGUUUUGUACAUUCUAUCAAAAACAGUCUGGAUUUAUUUAAAAAUAUAAAUGCCAACCUUUUUUAAUGUAAGUCAUGAAAUAUGUUUAUUUUAACUGAUUACAUCCAGGCCUGGAUACUAAUCUGCAUUCAAUUUAAUUCAACUGAAAAAUACUUUAUAAAUAUUU